GAAGAAGAGCAGAGUUUUGGUUUGGGGCGGUGAUCGAUUCGCAGAGAGAAAGGAGGCAAUUUCAAUUGCUUGGAGCAAAGGUGGGUUUUUUAUUUGAGCAAUUAUGGGAGGUCAUGGAGGUUUAAAUAUUCUGCCUCAGAAACGGUGGAAUGUGUAUAAUUAUGAGAACAGAGAAAAGGUUCGGCGAGACGAAGAAGCUGCUGCCAGAGAAGAACAGUUAAAGCGUGAACAGGCGAGGAAAAGGGAUGCUGAGUUCCGACUCGAACGCCUCCGUGCUUCCCGUGGAUUGGCUCCUUUGGAGAAAGCUCCGGAGCCUGCUGAACACCCUGCAACUGAGCCUGUUGAAUCAGAACCCAAGUCAGGGGGUCACAUUAAUCUGUUUGAAGGGAUUAAGAUUUUUGAUCCCAUUCAGGGCUUGGAGAAUGAGAAGGGUGGUGAGAAAGAUGGGUUCAAGAGGAAGAAGAUGAAGAAAGAGGAGGCAGCACCAAAGGUUGUUGGGCCUGAGGAGGAGAAAUAUAGGUUGGGUUAUGGAGUUGCAGGGAAAGGAGUUAAGUUGCCGUGGUAUAUGGAGAGGCGAACUGAUGAUAAGGAAGAAGAGAACGGUAAAGAUGAUGGAUCAUCUAGAGGGGCAAAGAAGGAGGUAAAGAACAGUGGGAAGAAGACAAUACAAGAGUUAAGGGAAGAGAGAUUGAAGAGGGAGAAGCAGGAGAAGGAGAGGGAGAGGGCAUUGUUGUUAGAGAAGAGCCGAAGAGAAAGCCAAAGGAAUGGGACUUUCUCUGUGCCUCUUAUGAAGAAUAGUGGGUUUUCCAGGAGGUGAGCUUGCCAAAGUUAAAAGUCUUUUGGUGUUGUGUAUCAUAGAAGACUUGUUAAUUUUUGACAAUAUAUUCUGUAAAAGUACAUAUGAAUUUGAUGCAUUUGUUAAAUUCAAAUUUGAUCGUUGGCUGAGAAUUUGCAU